AUGGCGACGCGUACGCAGGACUCGCCGCCGCUGGCGGGAGCCGCGAUGCCCGCGCGGAACUCGUACCACCUGUCGAACGUCGACAGCAGCAGCAGCAGCACAGCGAUGCGCAGUGGCGACGGCGCACCCAGCAGCAACGCAGCCGAGAAGCUGCUGACCGCGCCGGCGGCGUCGACCCCGCGGCUGCAGUGCGUGCUCUGCGGCCUCGAAGCCAACUCGGCCAUCCGUCUCGUGCGGUGCAAAACCUGCGUCAACUACUUCCACGCGCACUGCGCGAGUCUGCCGCUGCCGCCCGAGGACUGCAACCUCUUUUGCCGCCACGUGUGCUACGCCACGUUCCGCAAGCAGCAGCAGCAACAGCAGCAGGUCAAGCACGCGGUCUAUCGCCACGGGGAUUUCCCUCGCCUGGCCACGCAGAUUCAGAGCGUGCUCCAGGAAAAGUCGGACCGACUGCAAGCGCAUCGACAGCUGCUGCUGCUGGGUACAGGACGUGGUCGAGGGCGUGGCCGUGGACGAGCGAGGGGACGAGGUCGAGGCCGGGGCAGAGGACGCGGCAAGGGACGCAUUGUCGGUACGAAUCGAGCGCUGCAAGACGGUCGGGAUCCAGAACAACCUGCUCGUGGCCACGCUACUUCGUCGUCGAUGGCUGGCGGAGGUGGAGAGAGCACGCCCGCGUCGAGCUCCACGAGUACGAGUGGCUUGGUGUACCCACCACAGCAGACAGCGACGGCGUUCAGUACGAGCAGCAGCAAUAACACACCGGUGGUGCAAGAGGAGAGUGACGACCGGCAGUUGCAGUCAUCGGCACGGGCCGUGUCACCUGCCGUACAUCGCCCGCUGCGGGAGUUUGGCACAGAGCAGGAGAGUCACUUUCGUAGCGCAGACCCCGCGAUACUAACGUCGUCUACGAUGCAGUUGUCGCGAUCGACUAGCGGCAAGUACGUCUCGCUGCCCGCGUCAAACCCAGCAGGUACUGAGACGACGGGAGGGCCACGCCACGCACAAAACUUAAUUAUAAACUCGCGUCCAGUGCUGCGAGAAGAUCCAAGCACGCAUCAAGCAUCUUCCGGAUAUAGUUCAGUGCUUCCUUUUUUCGACGGACGUCUACCAGGAAAAAGGUCGCCGGUUGUGGCGGGAACACGCGACCGACUUUCUUCUGGCAUGCAGCCACCACAGCAGCAGAUACAAGGUGGGAGGGUCCCACUUCGACAUGAUUUCGAGUCAUCUUAUCGCGGGACAUCAUUUGGGUCAGCACCACCUUCGACUUCGUAUGCCGACUCCCAGCUUGCUGACCUGGCUCUAAGUACUCGAAAUGGCUCGGCAUCAACGAUGAAUAACUACGGUUCUCAAGGGCGCUUCACGUCACAGGUCUCAUCACAAGUCUCUGUGCGUCACAACACGCUCAACAUCCCGUGGCAUAACCCGUCCGCGUUUCCGUCGGAAAUCUAUGAGCGGUUCAGCUGCCACUCCGACGAUGCAAACCAUGUUUUCCGGAUCGAUCUAUCGCCCGUCUUUGCUGACAAAGCUACGAAGCUUUAUCAAACCGAGGUGGACUUUUUCUUCCGGUGCUUCGAGUCUCCUGACGUGAGUCUGGUUGUGAAAGGCAUGAGCAGCGAGCUCAAUCAGUAUAUAUGGGCAUGGCCUUUCAUUCUCGAGUGCUGCGGACACAACACCCAUCUUGCGUUCGACCAUUUCCAGUUCAAGCGAAAUAGUGAGACUGACAUGCCGGAGUUGGCGUAUGUCGGUGAGCUGCAGCUGUCCGUGGCAUCAUUCAACACGUACCUGGAAAAGUAUUUAUCGAAUGUUCCCGGCAAGGACGUGGUCGUGCUGGAAGACCUUGUCAGCAAAAAGACGAUUACUCUUGUGGCUACCGAUAACAUUAUUGCACUGAAUAACUUGGUGCUCGCGAAGCACUGUGCACAGCUCUACAAUGACCUCAUCAAGGGAUUCCAGUGGGACGUGUUUGCUGGUGGCAUCCACUGUUUGUUGCAAUACCUCCCACAAAAUAGCUGGCACGAGAGGUUUCUCAGUCCGAAACUGCAUUUCAACUUUCCUGGAGCGCGAGGCUCGCUGAACGAUCCAGGCAACGGCACUACUGAUACCGCGUACCAGGUAUUGGUGGGGUCGCUAGAGCUCGUUAUCUUUGAGCGCUUUGAGCCACAGCACAAGGCAGACUUCGACUACAUUUUGCGACGGUCAGGAUAUGAUGCAGUGAGGAAAACCAUGCUACUAGACGCGCAUCUUCGUGCUCUACGCUCUGCAGGCUUUGCGUUUUCGACAGUCCUUCUGCAAGACGGAGAGUUUGUGCAUGUGAACAAGGGCCGUCAACACUUCUGGCGCGUCGUGGAAAAGGACAGUGUCAGUGGAUCCAUCAACGCGCCGUGUGUCUUCCUCUCGUGGGAGUGGGUCUACCAAGGUGUUUCUCAACGUGGUAUCUCGACAGAAUGCUGGUUUGCAAUGAAGAAUGCCAGCAUGUGUUCCGAUGGGUGGGUAUUCGACCCUCGCCGUGUGAUUGUCGAAGCUGCUAAGUGUGGCGUUGCAAUCGUGCGCACUGGUCAGUUCUUGCGCUCGGCGUUGAUAUCAGUGCGUCCUCAUGCAUCGCACUUGCUGUCGUUCACGUCCAAUCCGGCGCCCAUCGAUCGCGGUGUAGUCGCGCAGCGACAAGCUCAGAUGGUGCUUUUCCUGGAGUCGAUCCUUCCAUGCCUAGACGCCAUUGUCGAAGAAGCGUAUGAGCUGGGAUUGUCCAACACCGACGACAGUGACGAGUUCCGCAAGGUCUUUGACGAUGAGAGCAUGUGGCGCACAGUCGACGCUGAUUUGCACGACCCACCGGUAGAUAGCGCUGAGAAUUACUCGUGCGGCAUCUGCAAGCGAGAAAUCACCAACCUGUACAAACAGUGUCUGGGCUGCGCUGUGUACUCCCGUCGGUGCCGCCCCAACAUGACGUACCCGAUCUUCCGCAUCUGUCUGCGCUGCCACGCACAGCCGGACCAGCACCACUUCAAGCCGCGCGCGAUUGCUUCGUACUACGACAAAGUGCUGAGCUCCGAGGGCCACACGGGUCUGCUACCAGCCACGCGCCGCUACCAGUCGGUGCGCAGCUACUUCAAGUGCCGAUGUAUGCCGUCGCUCCGCUGCGCGUACUGCGGCGGGUGCGAGUCGUGCUGCUGUCUGUGCCACACGCUAUUCCAGACGCGCUUCCGGUUCACGGCUCCUGAGAGCCUCGAGGGCCUGCGAGCAGAUGUGGACGCUGUCGUCAAGUACCAUCAGCAGCAACUUCAGCAGCAGCAGUUGCCCCAUCAGCAGCCGCUGCAGCCGCAACGUUAG